ACUAUUCUUAAAAUAUCAAAUACUCGUCAAAAUUCGUAGACAGUCAAGUCGGAUAACGAAAAGCAAUCCAAACAAUGCCGCCCAAAGUGAAAAAGGAGAAGAAAGAUGUGAACAAGGUGACCCAGGUGGACAGAACCUUCUACGAGUUGACCAUCACGGAUCUCAACCAGAAACUUGCUCGCCUGCGAUCCCACCUGACCAGCGUCGAUGAGUCCAACAUCACGCUGACCGAGAAACUCAAGGAAGUGGAGGCCGAUGGCGUAGAUGUGGCCGCUCACUUGGAACGCACCUUGGCGGAGCGGAACAACUCGAUCACCGAACUGGAGGAGCGUCUGGUAGAGAUCACCAAGGUGCGGGACGUGGAGAACCGCCUGGCACAGGAGAAGAUCGGGGACUUGGAGGCGAAAUAUAAGGCCAUGCACGACCAGUUGACCUCCGAAAUAAAGCUCCUUAAUGGUAAGCUGAACUCCCUCGACGAGUUCCGCAUCCAGAGGGAUGUCCUGUUGGCCAAGUUUGAUGACCAGGAGGCGGAUCUCAAUGAGCGGGAGAAGGAUCACAAGGAGGCGCUCUACAAUAUGGAACAGCGCGCAGUGGUGGAGAAGGAUGCGCUUAAAAAGGAGGUUGAACAGAAGCUGCUGCAGGUUUCCGAGGACUUCACCCGUUCCAGUGAGAUCCGUAACGCUGGCUACACCCGUCGCCUGAUUCGUGAGAACAUAGCCCUCCAAAAGGAAAUAGAUCUUCUUGUCAUGUCCCAGAUAAAACUUCAGCAGGCAUAUACCAACCAGAAGUCCAAGCACAAGGAGAUGGAGGAGCAGUACAGUGCCCUUGAUCAGAUCAAGAACGAGUUGGUCCGCAACUCCGUGAACAAGAUUAAAAUCAUUGAGGGUCUGACCAGGAACUACGAGAAAUUAAAGGCCAAGUACGUGGAGGUAUUGCGCUACAAGAAGGCCUAUGAAUCGCAUCUCCAAGCUGAAAAGUGCGAGAAUGUCAAGCAAAAGGAUGCGGCCGGAAAACUCCGGACUCUGGCUAAGCGAAUGGAGAUAUUGGAUCUGGACAAUCGGAAUCUGGAGGUAGUCCAUGCCCAGCAUGAGAUGGAGAUCACCCGACUGCGCGGAGUCAUUCAGGAGAUCAAGUGUACUGUGCGGGAUGCCAUUGUAGCGGAGCAGGCGGCUAAGAAGUUCCCGGAGAGAUUAAACGAGGCCAAUGUGGAUGAUCCCGCAGUGAUAAACGAAGUUAGAGAGGAGGCCAUAUCCGUUUGCAAGCUGAAACGCAGCGAUUUGCUCUCCCAGCUGCUGAACAUCGUGAGCUCCCAUUCGGAGGAGCUUCCGAGGACUCCUUCGAUUGCCUCCAUUGGCAGUGCCACCUCAUCGCUAUAUGCUCCGGGUAAAAUGGGAUUCAUGCCCUCAAGGCCCAAAGCGACGCCAUUCGACGCCUUCCGCAGCGAGGUCAUCGAACAGGAGCCGGAUCGCACCAUUCCGGAGGAUCUGCAGAAGCAAAAGAUGCAUGACCGGGUAGUCACCUCGUUGCGUGGUGACGAGAACACUAUCAUCGAUGUGGAAUUCGGCACGACCUUAUACGUUUCAUCAUCGCGCGAGGACGAUCUCAUUGAGGUGGAGGAGGAACCACUGGAGGAGCCAGAGGGCUCCAGCAGUUCCAUGUCUGUGAAGAAGGCCAGCAGUGAGGGUUCAGUUGCCCCGCCCGAAACCGCACCGCUAGCCGCUUCCGCAUCCUCGAAGGAUGUCAAGGGUGCUCCCAGCCUAGGAGCUCAGGACACACUCACGGCCACAUCCAAAUUGACGGGUGUUACCAUCGAGGACGAGGGCGAGGAGGAAGGCGAGGAGGAGGACUUCGAUGUGCAGUUCGUCUACUAGCGGAAUCUGAAAAUGGGAGUUACUUAUUGUUCCAAUUUUGUUGAGUCAUGAAUAAAUACAUGCAUGUGUGCAAAGUGAAAAA